GUCGAUUUUUCGCUUGUACGAAUUGAUUUUACAUCAUGGGUACGUUUGCUGUGCUUGUUUUGUUGCAAACUCCAUUCUUACCUUCUUUCAGGUAUUUGCCGCGAUUCUCGCCAUAAGCGUCGUUUGACCGGAGGAAAGGUUGUAAUCAACAUCAAGAAGAGAAAGUUCGAGAUGGGUCGUCAGCCUGCCAUGACCAAGCUGGGAGCUAAGAGAAUUUACCUGGUCCGCUGCCGUGGUGGAAAUAUCAAGCACCGUGCUAUCCGUCUGGAUACUGGCUCUUUCUCCUGGACCGGAGAGGCUUUCUCUGCCAAGACCAAGAUCCUGAACAUUGUGUACAACGCUUCCAACAACGAGUUGGUGCGUACGAACACCAUUGUGAAGGGUUGCAUUGUUUCGAUCGAUGCGACUCCCUUCAAGGCCUGGUUCGAGAAGCACUACUCCUGCAAGAUCGGAGCCAAGGGCGAGGUGACGAAGGACGAUCUGAGCAAGCUGGAGGGCGUGAGCAAGUCGAACCUUGCGAAGCUGCAGAAGCUGCAGGAUUCUCUUCAGGAGCAGAAGGAAGUGAUCGAUCAGCUGGCUUCGGGUAAGAUCCUGGCUCGCAUCUCGUCGCGUCCGGGUCAGUGCGGUCGUGCUGACGGAUACAUUCUGGAGGAUGAGGAGCUGGCGUUCUACCACAAGAAGAUCAACCAGAAGAAGAAGUAAGAGGUGAGUGCGUGAAGCGCUCUGGUAGUCGUACAAGCGUGUGAUGUGUUUGUUUGU